ACGACUUUGCCUGUCUUUCUCCACAGAGCCAUGGCCGAAUUGGCCGUUUCUCUCUCGCCCAUCCCUCCCAAACCCCCUUUCUCUCUCUAAUAAAAAUUCCUUUCAUAUUCGAAUCUCAUUUCCAUCGUCUUUUAACUCUCUCUCUCUCUCUCUCUCUCAAAUCACAUACAUACACAGUUACAUGUAUGUAUAUUCAUCUACGCGCAUAUAUACACAUCACCUCAUUACGAUGUCGUAUUCCUCUCAAUAGAAACCAACCCUAAUUCGCACCUCGAAAGCGAUUCUCCAAUGGCGAUCGUCACCGGCGAUCGGUACCAAGAAAAGCUGGUGAAGUUCGUUGAAAGCGAAGUCGGUCCGUUACUCGAUGGCACCGUGGUCCUCAAAGUGAACCCCACGGGCUUGCACUACGUGCAGUCACGGCUCGAGGCGCUGAGAGAGCUCGAAGGCUUGCUCGCCGGCGCGCCGGUGGACUAUCUCCGCGCCUACGUGUCGGACCUCGGCGACCACCGCUCGCUCGAGCAGCUCCGGAGGAUUUUGAGGCUUCUGCCGUCGUUGAAGGUGGUUUCGGUGUUGCCUCCGCCUUCGCGAGAUCCUAUGCCGCUCUCGUUGUUGCCGUUUGGGAGGCUCAGGGUUUUGGAGCUCAGAGGAUGCGAUUUGUCCACGUCAGCAGCUAGAGGAUUGUUGGAGCUUCGGCACACCUUGGAGAAGAUCAUUUGCCACAAUUCUACUGAUGCUCUACGUCAUGUUUUCGCGAGUAGAAUUGCUGAGAUAAAGGACUCUCCGCAAUGGAACCGGUUGUCAUUUGUUUCUUGUGCGUGUAAUGGCUUGGUUCUCAUGGAUGAGUCUUUGCAACUUCUUCCUGUUGUGGAAACACUUGAUCUUAGUCGCAACAAGUUUGCAAAAGUGGAUAAUCUUCGCAAGUGUGCCAAAUUGAAGCACUUGGAUCUUGGUUUUAAUCACCUAAGAUCGAUUUCAUACUUCACCGAGGUAUCAUGUCAUAUUGUUAAACUUGUUUUGAGGAACAAUGCUCUAACUUCAUUGCAUGGGAUUGAGAAUUUGAAGUCACUUGAAGGACUUGAUGUUUCCUACAAUAUAAUUUCUAGUUUUUCAGAGAUAGAGUUCCUAGCAGACCUUCCAUCUCUACGAAGCUUAUGGUUGGAAGGAAAUCCAUUGUGCUGUGCCCGAUGGUAUAGAGCACAAGCAUUCAGCUUUUUCAUGUAUCCAGAAAAAUUGAAGUUAGAUGACAAGAAUAUUAGCACCAGAGAGUUCUGGAAACGGCAAAUUAUUAUUGCCAGCAGGCAAAAGCGACCUGCCAGCUUUGGAUUUUAUUCUCCUGCAAAAGUUGAUGCUAAAGAAGAGGGGACUAUUAACCCAAAAAGGAGAAAGGUGUCUCGUCUUGCUUCUAUUGGGGGCGAAGAAGAGAGCACAGGUGUAUAUUCUGACCAAGAGUCUGUAUCAUGUGACAUUGACAUUCAAAGCAGGACAGAUACUGUCAUCUCUGAAGAUGAAGCUGAAAUAGUUGAUUUGAUGAAUAGAGUUGAACUCAUGAAGAAAGAGCGCUCUGUUCUUUGGUUGCGUGAGUUUAAGGAGUGGAUGGAUCAUGCUUCUGAGACCUCUGUGGACAGAGGUAAAGAUAUUGGGGCAUCAUUGCAUAAUGAAAAAGAAAAUUAUAUGAAAAAAAGGUCAAGCAAAAAAUAUCUUGGUGAAAGUUCAAGAUAUGUCUCAGAUUCUGUUCAGGCUUCUGGAGAUGAGAGUAGUACAAAUAUUUUAGAAUCUGAUAAUUCCUUUGCAGAUACAUCUACUGGUUUGCCUGCCAAUCCAUACUUUAGCCAAAUUGGUUUAUUGGGGAUUAGUGGCGGGGAUUCUCUAGUUGGCUUGGGAAGAAUGGAUACAAACAAGGAGCAUCUAAAAACAUAUUCACAUGAAGGGAUUAAUAUUAUUUCUCCACAAGCUAGAAUUUCCCACCCUGAUACCAGCAUCCAAGGAGGUCAUGGUGUGAUUGAAAAUCUCAGCGUAUCACCAUUAUCAGCCAUUGAUGAUAUAUCGGAGUCUCAUUCAACCAUUGCUUGCCCUGGAUCACCCCCUCAUUAUCAAGAGGACAUUCUUCAUCGUCGUCACAACUUAGUUGAAGAAAUUAUGCAGCUAUCUGCAGAGUCCUAUUCAGUGGCAUCAUCUGAUAGUAAUACCAGCUGUAGUGAUGAUGAUUCGUGUGAAUCAAUACCAGAAUUUGAUAAGUCUACGAAUGAUAAUUAUCUGAAUAGGAUUGUUAAAGAAAACUCAUCUCCAAAUGAUUUCGAGGAUAAGGAUUGUGAUCAAAGACAUGAAAUUUUCCAUGUGAGAGAAAAUGGCAAAGAUUUUCCUGCUGUUGCUCUUGAUGAUGAAAUUGCUCAUUUUGUCAACCAAGAGGCAGAUUUUUUGGAGACGAGAAAAGGAAAAAGGAAAAUGAAGAAAAGAAUUAUUUCACUAGUAGCAGAGAAUAAUGUGGUUGGCAAAACAGAACCAUCUCAUGAAUCAAAUGCAAAUCUGGAUUUUCUUAGAGCUGAUAUGGAACCUGAGCAAGGGAAACAAAUUUCAUGUCAGAGUGAACUUCAGGAAGUUAUUCAUAAGGAACAGAUGUGGACAAACAGAAACAGAGCCCCUCCAAUUGAUGCUAGUAGUUUUUCUGGAUCUAGGUGCUCAUCAACAGGUGGUAAUGAUUUUAUUGAGAACUAUUUCAAUAUAAAUGUUGCGGAUUCCAGCAUUCAUGAGACUUGUCGGCAGUAUUUGCAUUGUGAUUGUGUACUUGAGCCAGAAUCCAAAUAUAAAGAAAGAUGCGGAAAAGUGGUUCUGUUACUGAGCAGUGAAAACAAGUUUUAUGUGCUGCUUAUUGGAGUCACAGGUGAUGGAUCAGGAUCUAUUAUUAGCUUAUUAGGUUGCCAUAAAGUUGAAGAUAUCAGAGAGGUGUCAGUAGGAUUAGGACUUCAGGUUGUGAGGGUGUACAUUGACAGAGGAUCAGCAUACGUGUUUAUUACUAGAAGCAUUCAGAAGUCAAGUCAAUUACUUAGUACCUUGAAAGUUUUUGAUCCACAUGAGGCAAAUGACAGUUGUUCUUUAAGAAGUUUGGAGCAGGUUCAGGUUGAAUUGUUUGAGAAACAAGUAUAUGGAGGUUUGAAAGUGAGCAUAUUCCAAUAUUCUAUGGUGCUAUUCUGGCACAACAACAAUGAAGAGGAUUCAUGGCAUUCAAGAUCAUUGUUUGUCAUUGGAGACAAUCUGCUUCUUUGUAUUGAGGACCUUGUGCAGUUCAGCUCCCUUUCAAUGGAUUCAUCUUUGCCUCCAUAUUUCUCAGUUGAUUCAUAUUGCUCCAUCGUUGACAUAUCUGAGAUGGUAACUUUUUGAAUUUACUAAAGCUUUCCUUGAGGCCUACAUUUAUAAGCAUUUGCUAGUUUUAUACAUCACAUUCACCUAAAUUGCUAAGUAUUCUUUUCUAUCUCACGAGUCACUAAUGUUUUGUUCCUGGUUUGACAUGUGUGUUUUUUCUUCUUUUUUUUUUUUUUUUUUUGGUUGAUGAAACAUGUUGUGUAACAACCCGAAGAAAGCACUAACAACAUCUGCACUUAUAAAUCCGAGAUCCACCUAGUAAAAACCCAUCGUGGGACUCGGCACAUGUCGCACAUCACACAAUCAAACAAACAAUUUGGGGUAUCACAUGUGCGUGUGUUUUUUGGUUGACAAAACGUGUUAUCAUAGCAAAAGGAUUAUUUAUUAUUACUAGUUAAGUUACAGUUAUCAUCAUUAUCAUUGAUAAAUGUCUUCACUUCGAUGUUGAUAUAUUGUUCAGUCUCUACUGGAUAACAAUGUAGUAGAUCAUAGCAAAAGGAUUAUUUAUUAUUCAGAA